AACUUCUGCGAUAGUUUCUUUCCGUCAAGACUGUGUGACGAGUCUUCGUGGCUGGCUUGGACGUACGAGGCACUGUGUCACCGGCGACACAGUUUCUGCUUUAAUUGUUACAUCGAUACAGCGACUCAACUGACAUCAUAUAUGACGAGGUGGAGUCCCCUUUUGAUAGUUUCGCUUGUUUUGACGUGUAUUAUUCUCAGCUGAUGACAGCAGUCUUACGCUCGCGUGUGCGGCAUGUGUUAAAGAACCAGAAUACAGACACGCUGAAUGUGUGAUGUGAGGCCAGCUGUGGCACUUUCCCGCUGGUUAAACGGAACCGUAUUUCUUGUUUAACUGACCAACAAAAUGCCAGGAAGUGUGUCUGAUUUUGGCUGGAGUGUGACCGGGUCCAUACCCCGUGAGCGUUCGAGCGGCACACUCAGUUUUGUCUUCGGGAAAAAUUCUUUGUGUAUAUCAUCUUUAUCUGACGCUCAUGACUCGGAAAUACCUCCGUGCAGAAUGAUGGACAAGGCAGAAUCAACCGGAAAAGAGGAUUCCCUCAAGAGCGUUUCGUUGCGAGGAUCUGCCAAAUCAUCCCUUUUCAGCUCAACGGCGGGAAACACGAACGCGAGCAAAACGUUAUCAGAAAAAAGAAGCAACGAAUUCUGUGGCACAGCUAGUGCAACACCAACAUUCGUCAGCACGUCACCAGAAACGCUGGGAGACCCGCAAUCUUCCCCACCCAAAAGCCGGAUGUCUUCGACCAAACGAAAGAUUAACGAGAAAAUCUUGAACUCCUCACAUUCUCUGUCUACAACAGCCUCAUCCUCUCCAGAUCCGUUCGCAAGCGCGGUGGCCCCCUCGAUUGAAUCCUCAGGCAUAGAUAGUACAUUCCGGUCCGUGUCUGAGAGCAUCUCGAGGAACAGCGAGAAGCAUCAAAGUUUCGGCUUGUCAAUAUCGUUUGCAGCCUCUGGUACAGGUGUGAUGGGCACAAGGAAGAGCUCAGCAACAAGAACAAAUCGACGGAACAAUGGCGGGACAGGCGGACAAGAAACGUCAGCAGAAAGCCGCAGCGUAUUUUCAAACGCAUGCUAUUGGAGUCCUUGUCGCAACCCGCAGAUAGCGGGUGGCUUUCACCCCAACGGCUGGUUUCUCUGGACGGUGGUGCCUGCGUACGUCGUGUACAGAGUUGUGAGAAAAGUUCUCGACUGGGUGUUCACACCUGAGGGUCCUGAGGAAGGCAGCCCGGAGGCACUAGCCAUGAGGAAGAGAGAGGAGAAACUCCAGAGAAAACUGAAGAGUGGACGUGUGCAGCUCAUUAGAUGAGACAAAAAGAAGAACUGUCCCUGGCGGACGAACAGUUAACCAGGUGUCUCUGGUCGCACGCACCUGCGAACAGUUGUGUAGCUGUGGGGAAGUUGACGCGUGUUUUUUUUGACAACGGUGCGAAGUCCUGAGGCGCACGGAGAGGAAAGGUUCAAAAAACUGAUUUCAUCAGAGGAAAACACACGGCGUGACUGCACUUGAGCAAGCGGCGGACACACUCGCAUUUGUAGUUCGGUUUAAAGUUUCCUUCGGGUGCUGUUUUCCAGCAGUAUGGCUCGUGUCGCGGUCCGUUGUUGACAGCCGAGCACUCGAACUCAAAAAAGCAGGAACAUUUUUUCUAAUUUUCAGUCAGG